AAGAGAGCCCAGGAGCAGCUCCCUCUCUGAGUCUUCCUCAUUCAGCACCAGUCCCAGCCUGUGCAUCAUGCAGCUGGUGGCCAGCCUGGUGUCCGUGCUGCUGCUGGUGUGGAGUGUGAGAGCCACGGCACUGCCUGGGGAAGAGAGACUGGCCAUCCAGAGCACCAGGGAACAGAGCACAGUGCGGAAGGACGCCAUCCUGAAGAUGCUGGCAGGCCUGCUGGACGGCGUGGAUAUGGGGCAUGAGGCAGCUGCCCCAGACCUGGAGGAGGAGGGCAAGCUGGAGGAGGAGCGGGCGGUGCUGGGCCGGCUCGCCCAGCUCUCGCAGCGGGAGCGCAAGGCGCCCUGCAAGAACUUCUUCUGGAAAACCUUCACCUCCUGCUAGUGCUGCCCAGCCUGGCCCUGCCAGUCUGCAAACGCCCUCCCCACUCCUUGUCUUCCUUGUCUCCCCCAGCUCCCUUGCUGUGCCCUCCACCCCUCAGAAUAAAGCAUGGCGCCUCGGGGA